AUGGAUAUCGACGACAUUCUCGCCUCCGUGGACCGCCACGACCCGACCACCCCGGAGUCCACGGCGCUGGACCACCAAUUGCUGACGCGGUUCUGGGUGGCCGAGCGCGGCGUCUCGGAGCUGCUUCCCUGGCCGGGGCCCUUGAUGGACCGCAUGAUGGACCGCGUUCGACGACAGAUCGAAACAAUCGAAGACCUAGCCGCAACCUCCGCCGACCCCCUCCCCAGCACCACCACAAACCUCCAAACCACCCCCACCAACACAACCCUGAACCUCACCCUCUCAAUCCUCCAAACCGACCUCUCCCGCACCCAAUACACCCUCCGCAGCCUCCUCCGCCAGCGUCUCUCCAAACUCACAAAACACAGCAUGCACUACCUCCUCCGCAUCUCCCCCCCCACCACCCAGCAAACCCAAUCCCAAUCCCAAACGGCAGAACCCGACCUCCGCCCGGAAGACUCCAUCCCCAGCGUGGGCCAAGAAACCCCGCACCCGCCUCUCUCGGCCCCGGAGGUGAGAUUCCUGGUGGCGCAUCAGCACCUCCUGGCCAAGCACUACGGGGACGCUUUCCUGGGGUCGUUCCCGCCGCAGCUGCGCCGGUUGGAUGAUAAUGCCGGCGGGACGAGUAUGGUGCAGGGGCCGGAGCUGCGGGAGGUGGUGUUUGUGCGGUGUUUGGUGGAGGAGGUGCGGGUGGUGGUGCCGCCGGGGGAUGGGGUGGAGGAGGUGGUGGUGGGCGGGACGGCCAUGCGGAUGGGGGAUGUUUGGGCGGUAAGGUGGGAGGGGGUGAGGGAUGCGUGGGGCAGGGGGGAGGUGGAGGUUCUUUAG